AUGGAACAAAAACCUACCCCAGCAGCGUCAGCACGAGCACCAGCACCAGCCGGUCUCGCCCAAUUCGGCCAAUUUAAAGUCCUGCCCAUAACCAUGCCCCCUCUCGCCGUCGCAACGGAACCCCUCACCUCCUUCACCACCACCACCCGCACCAUCCCCACAACUCUCAUCGAAGUAACCCACGAAAUGUUCAUACGAGCCCACGAGGGCAAAAAAGCCGACGACGCAUUACCCGCCGGCCGGGCGCUGUUUGCGGUGAAUGUGCCUGCGGACGCCUCCGAGAGGCAUUUUGCGAGGCUGUUUAGGCGGUGUGGGAGGAUCGAGCGGGUUGUAUGGCAUGACGAGAAACACGGGAACGGGAAUGGAAUAGGAGGCGUGCAUAAGUCGGGGUCGAAUGCGCAUAUCAUAUUCACGGACCGGGAGGCGGUCGCAAGGGCGGUGGGCAUGAAAGCAAGACGGAGGGUAUGGUCCGACGCUGCCGACGAAGCCGAAGAAGCGGGUGACGAAUCCGUCACCACCGAAGCAGCGCCAGCCCUCCACGGCCUCUCCAAAUGGCUGCACCAGCACGCCUUGGCACGACCCAACCUUGCCACCCUGCAACAAGAAACCGACACGACGCUCGUCGCCUUCGAAGACGCGGAAAGGGACGCCCGUCUCGCCGCCGAGAACAAACGCAACGUCCCCGACGAGGACGGCUUCGUGACCGUCGUCCGUGGCCGCGGGAAACGCAAUGUGAACGUGGACGGUCAGGGCGCGAGCGUGACGGCUGCGCGGCCGGAGGAGGUCAAGAAACUCAAGCCGAAGAAGCUGGAGCUGGUUGACUUUUAUCGGUUUCAGAUGCGCGAGAGUAAACGGAAUCAACUCGCGGACCUGCGCCGCAAAUUCGAAGAAGACAAGCUACGCAUUCAGGCCCUUAAAGCCAGCCGGCGCUUCAAGCCUUACUAG